AGUGCUCUGCGCCGUGAAGAAGCGGUUCCCGGGGACUGGGGGCAUUUUGUGUUGGCUGGAGCCGGAGUAACAAGAUGGCGGCGUCGGCGGAGUGACAGGGGUCCCUCCGGGCGGGAGCCGGCGGCUGUGGUGGCAGCGGUGUCGCCGCCCUAACUCACCGCGCCCCCUCCCCCCGUUUUUUAUUAUUACUUUUUUAUUUUUCCAGCCCGUGUCGUCGCUGCGAAGGCGAGGCAGCGGGCGGCCGCCCCUGAAACAAGUGGCCCAGCCCGGAACCCUGCUCGCCUCGCCGCCCCUCCCCAUUUCCUCCGCUGAGGCCUGGCCUUAAGAAACCCGGCUGAGCGGCGGCCAGCGGGUCCCCGAGCCCCCGGCCGAGACUGGGCCUGGUGACACCGAGCAAGAGGCGCCGCGCUCCGUUUCCCGCCGCCGCCCGCACCCCCUCCCCCGCCAUCCGCACCCCUCGCUCCGUGGAUCGUCACCCCGGGGUCCCCACCACCCGUCUGCCCUGCGAGGUGUCGGGGCUCGGCCCCACAGCCUCCAUCUUCGUCGCUCAGGAUGGCGAGCAGCAGCGGCUCUAAGGCCGAGUUCAUUGUAGGAGGGAAAUACAAACUGGUCCGGAAGAUUGGGUCUGGCUCCUUCGGGGACAUUUACCUGGCGAUCAACAUCACCAACGGCGAGGAAGUGGCAGUGAAGCUAGAGUCUCAGAAGGCCAGGCAUCCCCAGUUGCUGUACGAGAGUAAACUCUAUAAGAUUCUUCAAGGUGGGGUUGGCAUCCCCCACAUACGGUGGUAUGGUCAGGAAAAAGACUACAAUGUACUAGUCAUGGAUCUUCUUGGACCUAGCCUUGAAGACCUCUUCAAUUUCUGUUCAAGAAGGUUCACAAUGAAAACUGUUCUUAUGUUAGCUGACCAGAUGAUCAGUAGAAUUGAAUAUGUCCAUACAAAGAAUUUUAUACACAGAGACAUUAAACCAGAUAACUUCUUAAUGGGUAUUGGGCGUCACUGUAAUAAGUGUUUAGAAUCUCCAGUGGGGAAGAGGAAAAGAAGCAUGACUGUUAGUACUUCUCAGGACCCAUCUUUCUCAGGAUUAAACCAGUUAUUCCUUAUUGACUUUGGUUUGGCCAAAAAGUACAGAGACAACAGGACAAGGCAACAUAUACCAUACAGAGAAGAUAAGAACCUCACUGGCACUGCUCGAUAUGCUAGCAUCAAUGCACAUCUUGGUAUUGAACAAAGUCGCCGAGAUGACAUGGAAUCAUUAGGAUAUGUUUUAAUGUAUUUUAAUAGAACCAGCCUGCCAUGGCAAGGAUUAAAGGCUGCAACAAAGAAACAGAAAUACGAAAAGAUUAGUGAAAAGAAGAUGUCCACUCCUGUUGAAGUAUUAUGUAAGGGAUUCCCUGCAGAAUUUGCUAUGUACUUAAACUAUUGUCGUGGGCUGCGCUUUGAGGAAGCCCCGGAUUACAUGUAUCUGAGGCAGCUAUUUCGCAUUCUUUUCAGGACCCUGAACCACCAAUAUGACUACACAUUCGAUUGGACAAUGUUAAAACAGAAAGCAGCACAACAGGCAGCCUCUUCAAGUGGGCAGGGUCAACAGGCCCAAACCCCCACAGGCAAGCAAACUGACAAAACCAAGAGUAACAUGAAAGGUCUUAAAGAUGAGAAGUUGGAUCCACUGAGUUAGUAUGUUUCCUUGGACAAAAAUUGUUUCUAAGCAUGAAUCGAGGAACAGAAGAAGCAGAGCAGAUGAUCGGAGCAGCAUUUGUUUCUCCCCAAAUCUAGAAGUUUUAGUUCAUAUGUACACUAGCCAGUGGUUGUGGACAACCAUUUACUUGGUGUAAAGAACUUAAUUUCAGUAUAAACUGGCUCUGGGCAGCGUUUGAUGAUGCUGUAUCCUGAGUUGUAGCCGCUGUAAUUGUGAAUAUUAACUGAGAUAGUGAAACAUGGUGUCCAGUUUUCUAUUGCAUUUUUUCAAGUGGAAAAGUUAACUAAAUGGUUGACACACACAAAUUGGUGGAGAAAUUGUGCAUAUGCCAAUUUUUUGUUAAAACCCUUUAUUUUGAACUAUACUGCUUUGAGAUCUCAUUUCAGAAGAACGGCAUGAACAGUCUUCAGCCACAGUUGUGAUGGUUGUAAAUGCUCACAGUUAUGCAUUCUUAGGGUUUAUCUUUCCCUGGGGUUUGCAAGUUGUUCACUUAAAACAUUCUUAAAAUGGUUGGUUGGCUUCUUGUUUUUGCAAGCCAGCUAAUAUGGUAGCAACCAAAGAUUCCAGUGUUUGAGCAUAUGAAAGACUGCCUGCUUACCUGUGCUAGAAAUAACAGCAUCUAAAGUGAAGACUAAAGAAAAACUUAGUGACUACUAGAUUAUAUUAGGACUCUGCAUUAACUCUAUAAUGUUCUUGGUAUUAAAAAAAAUUUGUCACAAAUUUAGUUAACAUCUUACAACUGAACAUGUAUGUAUGUUGCUUAGAUAAAUGUAAUCACUGUAAACAUCUAUAUGAUCUGGGAUUUUGUUUUUAUUUUGAAAUGGGAGCUUUUUUUGUUUACAAGUUCAUUAAAAACUAAAAAAUGUUUCUGUAAGGAAAUGAGAGUUUUUUAAAACAACAAAAAUGCCUUGUAACUCACUAUGAAAUCAAAUCGCCCCAAUUUUUUUAGACUACUUUAAGCCAUUUGUUACAUACUCUUUUUCAAAUCAAUUUAAAUUUAGCGUUAUGACUUUUUUAAUUUAAUUUUUUUUUUUCUUGAAGGGAAAGGCAUUGAUUUUUCUUUAAGUCUUGCAAGCACACUAUCUGGUACUAUAGCUGCCAAGACUUUAUAUUGUAAUCCUGCCACAGCAGACCAACAGCUGGACUGAUUUUGAAUAACAAUGAAAGCUUUAAAGGGUUUGACUACAAAAUGAAGAUUUUCUAUAAAUUCCUUGUUUAUUGACUUUGAGUACGGAAAGCAUCACACCAAGUUAGGUUCAUGUCAUGGCUGGGUAGCCUCAGCCCCAUGUAUUUCUAUAAGUUAUCUGUAUUUCCUCUCAAUCUUAACUGCAUCUUUUUUUGAUCCAAGAGAAAGAGAAACUUAUUUACAACAAUUUUCUUUAAUGUAAUUUAUUAAGUUAUAGCAUGUCAGGAUAAAUUAAAAGAAAUUCUGUCUAAAAAUGCUGCCAGGAGCCUAUUGUGUAAAAUGUAGGUAUUUUGUAAAAUAACCUUGAAAUUGUAAAUUGACACAUGUGGUCAGAUUGUGUCAGGUUUAAUUGGUUUUGCUUUUUUUUUUUUUAAUUUGAAAACUACUUUAGCAAUAACUAAUUCCAUGGUUACAUUCUGCAUUAAAAUAUCUAUUAGCACCGUCAUCUUGCAGAAAUCUUAAUGAGUACAAACUUUUGGGGUAGACAGCUUCUUUGUUUCUUUUCUAUCCACUCAUGUCAGUUAAGGUAUUUGUUUCUUGACUAAUAAACCCUUUGAUACUUUUAGCCAGAAAUCAGUCUCAUAAAGCUAUUUUUGAGUAUAGUUUGUGUAAAAUAAAAAUGUUUAGCUUUGGUAAUAACUUUUCCAAGCUGAACUCCCUCUAGCAAGAUAUUUUUCAGUGCUUUUAUUUACUAUGCACUUAGACUAUGCACUUUUUCUGAAAUAUUUUUGUAACACUUAACUUUUUUGUAUUUUUGCCAUUUGAAAAGGUUGUGGUAUAGUUGGUCUGUAAUUAAGUUGCAGAUUUGAAACUGCUGUUAGCUUUGUAAAUCAAAAUAUAGGUGUUCUUGUCCUGGUAUGUCGUCAUCCAUCUACAGCUGGAGCUGGAAUCCCAUUGACCUUCUAGCUACCAUUCAUUUUCUUCACAGUUCACAAAAGAAGAAUGUGAAAUUCAGUGAAUGAUGUUACUAAUCCUGUCGGGAGAUGAAUCUCAUUUCACCAAAAUUAAAAUGUGUUUUUUCCACUAAAAUGAUGGUACAAGUUGAAGACACAUCAUUCUGAAAUUGGAAGACCUCACCACUUAAGGCUCCACAGCGGCUUACUCAGCUGAACUCUAGGUUAUUACUCUUUACUUUGUUCACCCGUUGGGCAGUGCAGUUUUCGUUUUUUCUUCUUUUUUUUAAUGUUGGGAGAUGGCCAUUUUAACUACUGUUGAAUGUCUGUUUUGGGAAGGUAUAACAAGAAAAUAAAAAAGAAUAUAUGUAAA